AUGAUGAACCCAGACGAUGGUGAUUCGGAGGAACUGGAGGCCGUCCCAUCGGACAUGUUUGACAGCGGCCCUUCGUCCGUGUCGGCGCUAGGCUGGGCGACAGGAGCUUUCAAGGGGGUUUCCUCAAGAGUAGAAGGCGUUUCGUCGAGGAUGUCACUACGGGCGAAGGACAUGCUGUCCUCGGUGGCCGACGACCACGACAACAACAACGUCUCCUCCUCCCCCCACUCCAACGGCUCUGCAGCCGGCGCUGCUCGCAGCAACGGGACUCUCGGCCUCUUCAACAACGGCAACAGCAGCAGCGCCAGCGGCAUCCUUAACGGCAUCGCGGACGAGGUGCCGGCGGUGCCGGCGGUGCCGGCGGUAGACGAAGCCGAGGUGUCACGAUUGGUCGCGUCGAUGGACUCGACCACGCAGCUGGCGGAGAAAAUGGUCGCCAUGAACAAGCUGUCGAACGUGCUAGGAGAUGAUGCGGGGCAGGCUUCUCAGAUGGCCCUCUGCUCCGUGGCAGAGGCGCUGGUAGCGAUGUUGCGCGACGCCGAGUUCUUCGACCCGUUCUUCGCCAACGCCUGCAUCGCCUGCGCACAGCAGCUAUUGGAGGCUCAGGGAGAAGCGUUUGCGGCGGAAAUGGUGAACGCUGGGGCGGCGCAAGCGUUGAUACCCCUGCUGGACCCUAAGUUCGAGCUCAUCCGUAUAGAAGGCUUGGCGUGUUUGGAAGCGCUGCUAGUGGCAGAGCGCGCGAAGGUGUGCUCCCAGAUCGUGGGCGUUCCAACGGGUAUGCAGGCGUUGGUUGAUCUCCUUGACGACCGGGGGGCGUACCCCCCCCCGUCGACCUGCAAAACUUCGUGGCGUUUCAAGAUGGCUUCGACAAGCUCUUCAAAGCAGCCGAUGCCUGCGAGAUCUCCGGAGAUGUCUCCCUCAAAGCCCUGGCAGCUGUCAGCGGCGCCCUGA